CCCGCCAUGAACCCCAGGGGCCUCUUCCAGGACUUCAACCCCAGUAAGUUCCUCAUCUACGUCUGCCUCCUGCUCUUCUCCGUGCUGCUGCCCCUCCGCCUGGACGGAGUGAUCCAGUGGAGCUACUGGGCCGUCCUGGCGCCCAUCUGGCUGUGGAAGCUCACGGUCAUCGUGGGCGCCUCGGUGGGCGCGGGGGUCUGGGCCCGGAACCCCCGCUACCGCAGCGAGUGGGAGGCCCGCGUGGAGUUCAAAGCCAUGUUGAUCUCCGUGGGCAUCCACCUGCUGCUGCUCCUCUUCGAAGCCCUGGCGUGCGACAGGGUGGAGAGAGGGACCUACUUCUGGCUGCUGGUCUUCACGCCGCUCUUCCUCGCGUCGCCCGUGUCCGUGGCGGCCUGUGUCUGGGGCUUCCGGCACGACCGCUCCCUGGAGCUGGAGAUCCUGUGCUCCGUCAACGUCCUGCAGUUCAUCUUCCUCGCCCUGCGCCUGGACAGGAUCAUCCAGUGGCCCUGGCUGGUGGUGGCCGUGCCUCUGUGGAUCCUCAUGUCCUUCCUCUGCCUGGUCGUUCUCUAUUACAUCGCCUGGUCGCUUUUGUUCCUCCGCUCCCUGGCCGUGGUUGGGGAGCAGCGGAGAACGCACUUGACCAUGGCGGGGAGCUGGAUAACCAUCGUGGUGCCUCUCCUCACGUUUGAGGUCCUGCUGGUUCACCGACUGGACGGCCACAAUGCCUUCUCGUAUAUAUCCAUAUUUGUGCCCCUUUGGCUGUCGCUAGGGACGUUAAUGGCCACGACGUUCAGGCGGAAAGGGGGCAAUCACUGGUGGUUUGGCAUUCGCCGGGAUUUCUGCCAGUUCCUUCUGGAAAUGUUCCCGUGCUUGAGAGAAUACGGGAACAUUUCAUACGACCUGCAUCACGAAGCGAGUGAGGAUGCUGAAGAAACAUCAGUUCCAGAGGCCCCCAAAAUGGCCCCAGUGUUUGGAAAGAAGGCCAGGGUAGUUAUAACCCAGAGCCCUGGAAAAUGUGUCCCCCCACCUCCCAAGUUAAGUAUUGACAUGCCAGACUGAAGUGCGUUUCAAGGCAAGGCCCCUAAGUGGCCGAGAAACAAGACAGACUCACAAACUUCACCCUUUCUCGCUCCAUUCCAAACCCACAGCUGCAAAGGGACCGCCAGCCCUUUCAGCUCAGCGUGCUUGAUUUCGAUGCUUAUCAACACGUGCCAUAGACUUACGUAGACGUGUUAAUUUAGGGGUGUGUGUGGUGUGUGUCCAUGUGGGAGGAGCGAAGUUGGUGCUUAUUCAACUCUCUUCAGUUGUUUCCGUCAUUAAAAGGAGUAACUGCACGGCUAUUUGGCUUUGUUUUUAAGUUCUAAUAUACCUAUCCAAGGUAGUAGUUUGAGAAGGUUUUUUCUAUAUAUAUAUAUAUAUAUAUAAUCUAUAUACUGCUUGUCUAAAAUUAUAUUUCAGAUUGUUCCUAUUGUGACAUAAUAGCGAAUCUAAAGAAUUCUCUUUCCACCCUUAUUUGUAAACCUCCUAAUUGUUAUUUUCACUGUGUCUAGUGUUAAAACUAGUUCUUUGGACUUUGUUGAUUCUGGUCUUAAUAUCUUAUGAGAGGAAUCUUUUUCUGUCAGUGAAACCAUGUUGAUAUAGUAUUUACCUGAAUAUUUUGCAAUGUGGUAUGUUUAGUUCUGGAUCUAUAUAGUACAGUGUGCUGUGUGAGAAUAUUUUUUUCUAAGUUUUUAUGAGAAGCUGUAGUCUAUUACAGUUAUCCUUAAAAAUGAUUUGAAACAUGAAUAUGCAUCCGGUGUGGAAUCUUAACUUCUGUAGUAUGGAAUCUUAACUUCUGUAGUAUGCAUGAGCAAAAGAAUUCAAAAUCGCCUGGAUCUUAGAAGUCAAAUGGUAGGUGACUCUAGUCUGGCAGUUUUAAGUCAGAAGAGAAGCUCCACCAUCCUUGAAUAGGUGUCUUGCCAACCGAGUGCUAGGGUGGCACCAACCACAAAGCGACACAGUUGCUUCCUACCUUGAGUUUUCACACACAGUAGUGUCUCUCUCGGAGGCAGCAAAACAAUAAGUGGUUUGUGAUUUUCGGGACUCUUGAAAUAUUAUCUGACUGCAGUUGAGAGCAGCCCUGGCCGCACAGUGGAUGACCUGUUGAGCUGCUAAUGGCAGGGUGGAGAACGAUAAGACUUUCAGUUCCCAUCCAGGUUUAUAGCUCCAGCAACCCUAGACAGAGUCCCUGUGAGUGGACUCUCCCCACAGCAGUGGGUUUGUGUUGGGAUGGGUAGUCUAGAACGUCGCUAUCAUUUGAACGCUGUAACCAAACAGGCCAACAAGGUCAGGCAUUAUUUUAAGGUUCAACCCUAACUUUUUGAUCCAUCAGCAGUAGGAAAACAGAAUAACUGAAAUCAUCUUUUAAAAUGAGGACAAUGUUUCUUUAGAUACUGGUGGAAUCUUGGGAGGAAGGACAGAAUCCAGAUCAUAAGCCAUAUUGAGAUCACAUAUCAUUUGUUAUUGUUAGUUGCCAUUGUUGAUUCAAAAGGAACAGAUGGAAGUGGUUUUUACAAGCAGCGUUUUAUAAAUUAGAUCAAUUCAACUGCACAUGAAUAAAGUAACUGGACACUUAA